GGUACUGCCCGCAGAAAGAAGAAGGUUGUCCACAGAACAGCUACAGCAGAUGACAAGAAACUUCAGUUUUCUUUGAAGAAACUGGGUGUCAACAAUAUUUCUGGAAUUGAAGAGGUAAAUAUGUUUACCAACCAAGGAACAGUCAUUCACUUCAAUAACCCUAAAGUUCAGGCAUCUCUGGCUGCUAACACUUUCACUAUCACCGGCCAUGCUGAGACAAAGCAGCUGACAGAAAUGCUUCCUAGCAUCUUAAAUCAGCUCGGAGCUGACAGUUUGACCAGCCUGAGGAGAUUGGCAGAAGCCCUACCCAAGCAACCUGUGGAUGGAAAAGCACCACUUGCUACUGGUGAUGAUGAUGAAGUUCCAGAUCUUGUCGAAAACUUUGAUGAAGCUUCAAAGAAUGAGGCAAACUGAACUAAGUGACACUUUCUGAAUAAAGUUAAAACUUGAAGAAGCUACAUGGAGCUGCUAUUUUAUAUUGUGACUGCUUUUAUUUGAUUUUAUUUUUAUUUCCUGAUGAGAUCUCAAGAUUUGUAAUAUUUGGAAACUCCUUGAACCUGCAGCUCUUUUUCAGUUAUUGCUUGUACACAAUAUUAUUUUUGUGGCCUGGUUGAACAAACCUAUGCUUUGAAAUAAGUCAGAUUGAUAAUGAAUCUCUGCCUAGACACAGUUCUUGAGCAACUUGUUGUCCUGGUUUCGGCUGGGAUAGAGUUAAUUUUCUUCUUAGUAGCUGGUAUAGUGCUGUGUUUUGGAUUCAGUGUGAGAAUAAUGUUGAUAACACGCUGAUGUUUUAGUUGUUGCUAAGUAGCGCUUAUCUUAAGCCAAGGAUUUUUCAGUU